CAUUGUUGCGUAAUAUCAUUGACUUCAAAUCAAGUCGCAACGCUCUGUCGCAUGGUUUGCAACCACAGAUAAGACACAAAUUCGAAAAGAACUAGGAAUAGUCAAUGAAGAUGCGUGCUGCUAUUGUGUCCAGAAGCCUUCAAGCAUUUAUUCGAGUACGUCCUUCGAUGUCAAUGUCGUCAAGAUGUUUUAGUAUGCAAACUCCACUAUCCGAUCAACCACGAACAAUGAAAAUCGAAAAUGGAGAAAAGGUUCAACCGACUUAUUCGCCGCAAGAGAUGACCCGUCGCCAGGACAUGAUACGUCAGCACAUGGAGACGGCUGGUCUAGACGCAUGUGUAUUUACAUCGUACCACAACGUUUACUACUUUAGCGAUUUUCUGUACUGCAAGUUUGGGAGGAAUUAUGCCUACAUCGUUACACCAGAGAAAGCAAUUAGCGUCUCUGCAUGUAUUGAUUACGGUCAACCAUGGCGACGGACGUUUGGAGAAAAUAUCGUUUACACAGACUGGCACAAGGACAAUUUCUUUCAUGCAGUAAAACAAGAGUUAGGUGAUGCAAAACAUGUUGGCCUCGAAUUUGACGUCGUGCCUAUCGACGAGUAUACAAAAUUUUCUGAAGCUUUGCCGAACGCAAAAUUUACAGAUGUUGGUGAAUCUACAAUGCGCAUGCGCAUGAUCAAAUCUAACGAAGAAAUUGAAUUAAUUAAGCAAGGUGCAAGAAUUGCUGACCUAGGUGGUGAAGCCAUUAAAAAUGUGAUAACAGAGGGUGUACGAGAACACGAGGUGGCCCUUGCGGGGACUGAUGCCAUGGUUAGAGAGAUUGCAAGGACUUAUCCACAUCAAGAACUGCGGGACACAUGGGUUUGGUUUCAAUCUGGCAUUAACACAGAUGGUGCCCAUAAUCCAGUGACAAGCCGCCAACUUCAAAAAGGGGACAUUCUUAGCAUGAACUGUUUUCCUAUCGUUCAAGGGCACUAUGUUGCUCUGGAACGAACCCUAUUUUGUGAUCACGUGCCAAGCGAUCGCCACAUGGAACUGUGGGAAAUCAACUGUAUGGUUCAUCGCCGGGGGAUAGAAUUAAUUAAGCCUGGGGUAAAAUGUUGUGACAUCGCUCACGAACUAAACGAAAUCUAUCGGAAACAUGGACUUCUCGGAUACCGAAUUUUUGGCUACGGUCAUUCGUUUGGAGUGAUUAACCAUUACUACGGUCGCGAAGCUGGUUUGGAACUUCGCGAGCAUGUCGAGACAGUGUUACAGCCCAAUAUGGUCAUCUCGAUGGAGCCGCAUAUAACAAUACCAGAGGGGGAGCCAGGGGCCGGGGCGUACAGAGAGCAUGAUAUCUUGGUGAUCAAGGAGGAUAGCACGGAAAAUAUUACGAAAUUCCCGUUCGGUCCUGAACACAACGUUGUUAAAAAUUAAAUAUUACAAUAGACCCAUAGGCAAUCCAAAUAUGCGUGAUAAUUUAAGCGUGAUUUGAACUUCUAAUAUUAUUCUUACACCAUGCUGAAAAAUUGCCGAAAAAAUUCUUGCGUUCAAACUACCACGCAUAAUGGGGCUGCCUAUGAUAGACCAUGUAUAUCGCAAAUAACCAAUUGAGAAAAACGGAAAAGUCUGCAAAAACUAUGGUGGAGAGCGCAUGUCAGUUAUCAAUUAAUUAAAGUUUAUUACUUACAAUUUGAGUUGUUUGGCAAAUUUAGCCUCACCCUCAGGGUCUUCUACAUCCAUAGAAUAAGUUGGAUAAAGUUUUCUUUUUAUCUCUUUCACAUCUACCAAAAGAAGAAAAUCGCAGCAAAAAUCGUAUUACACCAAGUACUUCACUUGAUUGUUAUGAUGAGAUUCACCAUCGAUUGUUUAUCAAGAAAAGAUUGAAUAAUUGUUAGAUUUUUUUUUUGAAUUUUGAAGUUAAAAUGCUUUCUUCUCAAAGUGCAUAUCUAGAGUAUCAAACAAGAUGUUUUUAAGCAGCUGCAGUGCUAAUAAUGGUUUUGAGUAAGUCAUUCAGUGUUUAUAAACGACUCAACGAAACCCAGGCAGUGUCAGUUCUACUUGGAAAGAUUGCGAUUUGAGAUUGCGAUUGAGAUGACGUGAAAUUCGCUUCUAUAAUUGCGAUCGUUCGUGAAGCGAAUUUACACGAAGAAGGUGUUGUCUCAAUUACCCAGUAAUUCCAAACUGAUUCUUCAAUCAACUCGGUUAUUCCCAACUAAUCCGACUACUUUGUUUGCUAUUAAAGCGCAAACGUUUUAACCCUGCAAUUUUAAGUAGCUUCCAAUUGAAUUGAUAAAGAGCAUGCUACGCAGUGAAGUAAAUAAUACUGUACAGACUAAUUAUAGUUGAUAAGAAUAAGCAUUAUUUGACAUGAAUACAUAAGCUCCUAUGGCUGGUUGUAUGGAAAGAGUAAUUGAAUUAUACCAAUUAUACCUAUUAAUUACAGGCUAAUAAGAAUCGACAUGUAUUUCGAGAGUUCACUGCUAUUUAAUAAUUAUUGGAUGAGGUUGAGCGUGAUAUUGCGCCAACCGAGGCCCUAAUAGUUCUCAAUAUCACGCGAAAACCGAAUUUAAUAAUUAUUUUAUUAUUCACCUGAUUAAAUGGUAGUAAAGAAGUAGAGGUUGACAAGAUGCUCUGGAACGAAUUAUCUUUAUUUCAAAAUUACAAUAACAUUUUAAUUGACUGAAUAUGCGUCAGUAAAAAUUAUUACGGUUACUAAAGUAACACACAAUCGUCACUUUAACUAAAUAACGAAUAACGUCCUUCUCUAAAUUAUAUUUCAUCAGAAAAAAAUUCUUCAAAAAAGUGUCAUGACUCAUGGCCUCAUGGCUGCAACUGAUGUUUUUACUGAAAAAAGUUAAAGGAACAAUUUUGAAAGUUAAAAGUUUUUUUGUUUUCCGUGUGGGUGUUUUGCAUUAUAAACUCUUCUUGCGAAAGGCUGAAUAUAGGAGAUGACUGAUGGUUACUCCGGCCAGGUAACUCAUUAUUAGCCCCUACGCAUUCUGAUGACAAUGAUGUUGACAUUUGUCUCUUCGUGGAUAUGUCUGUUUUACAAUAACUUCGAAUACUGCUUUCGUUUUUAUGCCCACUUACCGACAUGAUGUGCCUAGCCUCGAAGCCAGAUCUAUCAAGCACUGUAACUGCCGUUGCUCUGAUUGAGUGAUUUGUAUAUGUUUUGGGCAGAUUCGCUUCCUGCGAGAUUCUUUUCAUUUUGUCUCCAAGAGAACGUUCCCCCACCACCAUGUUGUCAUACCAUACGGGUUGAGAGUCGUCAAUGUUUUUCUUGGGUCGUUGAAACAGAUAUUCGUUUAAUGGGUUCAAAUGUUGGGUAUACAACUCGAAGGAAGCUACAGGACAGUGCGGACCAGAGUUUUCAAGCAUAAUACCUCCGUCCAAACCGUCGUCAUUCUCUCGU